UGGGGGGGCAGGCGGCCGCCAUCUUCUCGCCGAGGCCGCCUCGCCCGCCGCGCGCGCCCGUCCGGCCGCGCACGGGUUAAGGCUGGCACCGCGCCCGGCGGGAGGGGGGGCGCCCACCUCCCCUCCCCCCCGCGCCGGGCAUGCGGGGCCCGCUGGGCACCGAGGAGGAGCUGCCGCGGCUGUUCGCGGACGAGAUGGAGAACGAGGACGAGAUGUCAGAAGAAGAAGAUGGUCUUGGGGGCUUCGAUGACUGCUUCCCUGAGGAGCCUGUGGGCCUUCCCAAGAAGAAGAAAUCCAAGAAGCUCAAGGAGAACAGGUCCAAAGGGAAACGGAAGAAGAAGGAGGGGAGCAAUGACGAGCUGACGGAAAAUGAAGAAGACCUGGAAGAGAAGUCGGAGAGUGAGGGCAGUGACUACUCCCCUAAUAAGAAGAAGAAAAAGAAACUCAAGGACAAGAAGGAGAAAAAAGCCAAGCGAAAGAGGAAAGAUGAUGACGAGGAUGAUAACGAUGACGGGUGCCUGAAGGAGCCCAAGUCCUCGGGGCAGCUCAUGGCCGAGUGGGGCCUGGACGAUGUGGAGUACCUGUUCUCAGAGGCCGACUACCACACACUGACCAACUACAAGGCCUUCAGUCAGUUCCUCAGGCCGCUCAUUGCCAAGAAGAACCCGAAGAUCCCCAUGUCCAAAAUGAUGACCGUCCUGGGUGCCAAGUGGCGGGAAUUCAGCGCCAACAACCCUUUCAAGGGCAGCUCGGCAGCGGCUGCCGCGGCAGCAGUGGCCGCGGCCGUGGAGACAGUCACCAUCGCCCCUCCGCUGGCUGUCAGCCCCCAGCAGGCACCCCAGCCUGUACCUAUCCGCAAGGCCAAGACCAAGGAGGGCAAGGGGCCAGGAGUGAGGAAGAAGAUCAAAGCCUCCAAGGACUCGAAGAAAAAGGGCAAAGGGAGAAAGGUAGCCGGGCUCAAGUUCCGCUUUGGAGGGAUCAGCAACAAGAGGAAGAAAGGCUCCUCGAGCGAGGAAGAUGAGCGGGAGGAGUCGGACUUCGACAGCGCCAGCAUCCACAGCUCCUCCGUGCGCUCCGAGGGCUCGGCAGCCCUGGGGAAGAAAAGCAAGAGGCGGCGCAAGAAGAGGAGGAUUGACGAUGGUGAUGGCUAUGAGACGGACCACCAGGACUACUGUGAGGUGUGCCAGCAGGGCGGGGAGAUCAUCCUGUGCGACACCUGCCCGCGGGCCUACCACCUAGUCUGCCUCGACCCAGAGCUGGAGAAGGCUCCGGAGGGCAAGUGGAGCUGUCCUCACUGUGAAAAGGAGGGGAUCCAGUGGGAGCCGAAGGACGACGAGGACGACGAGGAGGAGGGCGGCUGCGAGGAGGAGGAGGACGACCACAUGGAGUUCUGCCGCGUGUGCAAAGACGGCGGCGAACUGCUCUGCUGCGACGCCUGCCCGUCCUCCUACCACCUGCAUUGCCUCAACCCGCCGCUGCCCGAGAUCCCAAACGGUGAAUGGCUCUGCCCGCGCUGUACUUGUCCCCCACUGAAGGGCAAAGUCCAGCGGAUCCUGCACUGGAGGUGGACGGAGCCCCCGGCUCCCUUCAUGGUGGGGCUGCCGGGGCCCGACAUGGAGCCCGGUGUCCCCCCACCGAAGCCCCUGGAGGGCAUUCCGGAGAGGGAGUUCUUUGUCAAGUGGGCUGGACUCUCCUACUGGCACUGCUCCUGGGUGAAGGAGCUACAGCAGCUGGAGCUGUACCACACGGUGAUGUAUCGCAACUACCAAAGAAAGAACGACAUGGAUGAGCCACCGCCCUUUGACUACGGCUCUGGCGACGAGGACGGCAAAAGCGAGAAGAGGAAGAACAAGGACCCUCUCUAUGCCAAGAUGGAGGAGCGCUUCUACCGCUACGGCAUCAAGCCCGAGUGGAUGAUGAUCCACCGUAUCCUGAACCACAGCUUCGACAAAAAGGGGGACGUGCACUACCUGAUCAAGUGGAAAGACCUGCCCUAUGACCAGUGCACCUGGGAGAUCGACGACAUCGACAUCCCCUACUACGACAACCUGAAGCAGGCCUACUGGGGUCACAGGGAGCUGAUGCUGGGUGAGGAUGCCAGGCUGCCCAAGAGGCUGGUCAAGAAGGGCAAGAAGCCAAAGGAGGAUAAACAGAAGCCGCCAGACACACCCAUCGUGGACCCCACGGUCAAGUUUGACAAGCAGCCUUGGUACAUUGACUCCACGGGUGGCACACUGCACCCGUACCAGCUGGAGGGCCUCAACUGGCUGCGCUUCUCCUGGGCCCAGGGCACAGACACCAUCCUGGCCGACGAGAUGGGCCUGGGCAAGACUGUGCAGACCAUCGUCUUCCUCUACUCCCUGUACAAGGAGGGGCACUCCAAGGGGCCCUACCUGGUCAGCGCGCCCCUGUCCACCAUCAUCAACUGGGAGCGGGAGUUUGAGAUGUGGGCGCCCGACUUCUACGUGGUCACCUACACGGGGGACAAAGAGAGCCGCUCCGUGAUCCGGGAGAAUGAAUUUUCUUUCGAGGACAAUGCCAUUCGGAGUGGAAAGAAGGUGUUCCGCAUGAAGAAAGAAGUGCAGAUCAAAUUCCACGUCCUGCUCACCUCCUACGAGCUCAUCACCAUCGACCAGGCCAUCCUGGGCUCCAUCGAGUGGGCCUGCCUUGUGGUGGACGAGGCCCACCGGCUCAAGAACAACCAGUCCAAGUUCUUCAGGGUCUUGAACAGCUACAAGAUCGAUUACAAGCUGCUGCUGACGGGGACCCCGCUUCAGAACAACCUGGAGGAGCUUUUCCACCUCCUCAACUUCCUGACUCCAGAGAGGUUCAACAAUCUGGAGGGCUUCCUGGAGGAGUUUGCCGAUAUCUCCAAGGAAGACCAGAUCAAAAAGCUCCAUGACCUGCUGGGGCCGCACAUGCUGAGGCGGCUCAAGGCCGAUGUGUUCAAGAACAUGCCGGCCAAGACCGAGCUGAUCGUUCGCGUGGAGCUGAGCCAGAUGCAGAAGAAGUACUACAAGUUCAUCCUCACGCGGAACUUCGAGGCACUGAACUCCAAGGGGGGCGGGAACCAGGUGUCGCUGCUCAACAUCAUGAUGGACCUGAAGAAGUGUUGCAACCACCCCUACCUCUUCCCCGUGGCUGCCGUGGAGGCCCCCGUCUUGCCCAAUGGCUCCUAUGACGGCAGCUCCCUGGUCAAGUCCUCGGGCAAGCUCAUGCUGCUACAGAAGAUGCUUAAGAAACUGAGGGAUGAAGGGCACCGCGUGCUCAUUUUCUCCCAGAUGACGAAGAUGUUGGACCUUCUGGAGGACUUCCUGGAGUAUGAGGGCUACAAGUAUGAGCGGAUUGAUGGUGGCAUCACUGGGGGCCUCCGACAAGAGGCGAUCGACAGAUUCAACGCCCCCGGGGCCCAGCAGUUCUGCUUCCUCCUCUCGACCCGGGCGGGUGGCCUGGGCAUCAACCUGGCUACAGCAGACACGGUCAUCAUCUACGACUCGGACUGGAAUCCACACAAUGACAUCCAGGCCUUCAGCCGCGCCCACCGCAUUGGACAGAACAAGAAGGUAAUGAUCUACCGCUUUGUGACUCGGGCCUCGGUGGAGGAGCGCAUCACGCAGGUGGCCAAGCGCAAGAUGAUGCUCACCCACCUGGUGGUGCGGCCUGGCCUCGGCUCCAAGUCUGGCUCCAUGACCAAGCAGGAGCUGGACGACAUCCUCAAGUUCGGCACCGAGGAGCUCUUCAAGGACGACGUGGAGGGCAUGAUGUCUCAGGGCCAGAGGCCUGUCACGCCCAUCCCGGAUGUCCAGUCCUCUAAAGGGGGAGCCCUGGCUGCCAGCGCCAAGAAAAAGCAUGGCAGUACCCCGCCAGGCGACAACAAGGACGUGGAGGACAGCAGCGUGAUCCACUAUGACGAUGCGGCCAUCUCCAAGCUGCUGGACAGAAACCAGGACGCCACGGACGACACGGAGCUGCAGAAUAUGAACGAAUACCUGAGCUCCUUCAAGGUGGCGCAGUACGUGGUGCGCGAGGAGGAUGGCGUGGAGGAGGUGGAGCGGGAGAUCAUCAAGCAGGAGGAGAACGUGGACCCCGACUACUGGGAGAAGCUGCUUCGGCACCACUACGAGCAGCAGCAGGAGGACCUGGCCCGCAAUCUGGGCAAAGGCAAGCGCAUCCGCAAGCAGGUCAACUACAACGACGCCUCCCAGGAGGACCAGGAGUGGCAGGACGAGCUCUCGGAUAACCAGUCCGAAUAUUCCAUCGGCUCCGAGGACGAGGACGAGGACUUUGAGGAAAGGCCAGAAGGGCAGAGUGGACGGCGACAAUCCAGGAGGCAGCUGAAAAGCGACAGGGACAAGCCCCUGCCACCUCUUCUCGCCCGUGUGGGUGGCAAUAUCGAGGUGCUGGGCUUCAACGCCCGGCAGCGGAAGGCCUUUCUGAACGCCAUCAUGCGCUGGGGCAUGCCCCCCCAGGACGCCUUCAACUCCCACUGGCUGGUGCGGGACCUUCGAGGGAAGAGCGAGAAGGAGUUUAGAGCCUAUGUGUCCCUCUUCAUGCGGCACCUGUGUGAGCCGGGGGCUGAUGGUGCAGAGACCUUCGCGGACGGCGUGCCCCGUGAGGGCCUCUCGAGGCAGCACGUGCUCACCCGCAUCGGGGUCAUGUCACUAGUUAGGAAGAAGGUUCAGGAGUUUGAACACGUUAACGGGAAGUACAGCACCCCGGACUUGAUCCCCGAGGGGCCCGAGGGCAAGAAGCCAAGUGAAGUCAUCUCCUCGGACCCCAACACGCCAGUGCCCGCCAGCCCUGCCCACCUCCUGCCGGCCCCACUGGGCUUGCCAGACAAAAUGGAAGUCCAGCUGGGCUACAUGGAUGAGAAGGAGCUGGGGGUGCAGAAGCCAAAGAAGCCCCCAGAAAUCCAGGCCCUGCCAACUGCCCUGGACAGAGUGGAGGGCGAGGACAAGCAUGAGAACUCAGAUGGCCAGGAGCGACUGGAGGACACAGAGAAGGCCCCGCCGUCCCCAGAGCAGCCGCCAAAAGAAGAAGUGCUUCCUGAGAAGGAGAAAAUUCUGGACAAGCUGGAGCUAAGCUUGAUUCACAGCAGAGGGGAUGGCAACGAUUUCAGGCCAGAUGACACCAAAGUGGAGGAGAAGGAGCCCAUUGAAACACAGCAAAAUGGUGACAAAGAGGAAGAUGAGGAGGGGAAGAAGGAGGACAAGAAUGGGAAGUUCAAAUUCAUGUUCAACAUUGCAGAUGGGGGCUUCACAGAGCUGCACACGUUGUGGCAGAAUGAGGAACGUGCUGCUGUGUCCUCGGGGAAAAUCUACGACAUCUGGCACCGGCGUCAUGACUACUGGCUGCUGGCGGGCAUCGUGACGCACGGCUACGCCCGCUGGCAGGACAUCCAGAAUGACCCGAGGUACAUGAUCCUCAACGAGCCCUUCAAGUCUGAGAUCCACAAGGGCAACUAUCUGGAGAUGAAGAACAAGUUCCUGGCCCGCAGGUUCAAGCUGCUGGAGCAGGCCCUGGUCAUCGAGGAGCAGCUCCGGAGGGCCGCGUACCUUAACAUGACCCAGGACCCCAACCACCCAGCCAUGGCCCUCAACGCCCGCCUGGCCGAGGUGGAGUGCCUUGCUGAGAGCCACCAGCACCUGUCCAAGGAGUCCCUUGCCGGGAACAAGCCAGCCAAUGCUGUCCUGCACAAGGUCCUGAACCAGCUGGAGGAGCUGCUGAGCGAUAUGAAGGCGGACGUGACGCGCCUGCCCUCCAUGCUGUCGCGCAUCCCCCCCGUGGCUGCCCGCCUCCAGAUGUCAGAGCGCAGCAUCCUGAGCCGCCUGACCAACCGAGCUGGUGACCCCACCACUCAGCAGAUAUCUAGCUGUCCCCGCGAUGUCCCUCUGUUGCAGUGCUCAUUUCCAGCUGAGCCAUACCUGCCGGGCCACCUGCCCGACCGCCACAGGAGAGAAAAGCUACCGCCUUUUUAGGAGCCGUGCCACCUUGGGACAGAAAGGGAAACUGAGGAAUGCCAUCACAUGGGGGACGAGGCCCAGCCUGGCUGGGCCAGAGCCCAGAAGUGCCACCUCAUCAUAAUGCAAGUGUCCCACCCAGCGUCACACCCACCCAACACUGGGACGUGCCCCGUGGCGGCCUUUGCCGGACAACUUCUUAGAAGAGAUUUCAUUUAUUUGUACAUCUUUUGCACUUUCCUAUUGAAGACUUGAAAAGUUUGUCUUGAUAAAAGUUGAGUGACGCGUGGA